AUGAGUCGUUUGUCUUUUGUAGCUCGUCUCCGCAAGGACAGCAGUAGCACAUCAUCUCCGUGGUGGCGGGUUGGAGGUGGCGGCAGCGGUGGUGCUGCUGUUGCUUCUGUGGAUACCAGCUCUAUUACUGGUGCUGGGGCUGGUGUCGAUAUAAGAGGAACUGACAAACCGGUUAGUAGCAUUACUCCGGUAUCCCUUUCUACUAGCAAGAACAACCAGUUCUCCCCUCUCCUUGCCUCACAGCAGAAUCAUCCUCAGCCCCAAUAUCAUCAGACAUCACCUGCGGCGCUUCAGUCACUACCACCUCCUGGAAGUGGUCGCUCAUCCAACUCUGGGCUGCAAAGUGAUACAGAGUAUAAUCAGUUGCGUCAACUACAGCAACAACAGCAACAACAACAACAACAGCGGUACCGCGAGCAAUUGCAGCGGAUGAGAUCGGCCCACCAGGUGGCCAGCUCCUUCGUCACUUAUAUACACAGAGUGAAUGGAAGCAGCCAUUCUGUUGGAAAAGAGGGAAAAUUCAUGGUGAGUAUCCUGUUUAGCACAACCCUUGAGCAAACUGACUUAAAAAAAUUCGCCAGAGUUAUUACAACCAUUACUAUUUUUGAUACCAUAAUUAGUAGAGGAGGUGGUAAAUUGGAUAGGGAUAAGUUUAAGAAACUUGAAAAUGCUAAUUUCCUUACUAAUUUUAUUCUCUAA